AGUGCGAGUGUGAGCGGGGCGCGCCAUGGUCGCCUCUCGACCCUCCGGCUGCCCGCCCGAUCGAUAGGCGCCGUCGCGAGCCGCCGCGUCUGUGUCGUAGCGUAGCGUAGCUUACCUUAGCGUACCGUGUGGUGUCGUGCGAGUGCCAGCCGCUGCUGUCCGCUGCUGCAACACGUGUGCCGGCUGCAGCCCAGGCCGCGAAACGAUCGUCUCUCCACCAACUUCUGCGAUCACUCCCGAACAAGAGCUACAUCCACAGUGCAGCAAAAUAAUGAGGGCAGAUCCAUGGCAGCGUCCGGCGGGGGCGCGCAGACGCUGGGCAGCCGUCGCUGAGGACCCGGUCCACUGAGAUCUGCGACAGGAUGUCGAUGACAGGCAGUCUGAUGCCAUUCGAUACGAGCAGCGAGGUCGGCUCUGGCGGCGGAGGAAGCGGAAGCUGUGGAGCUGGGGGCGGCAGCGGCGGCGGGAGCGGCGUCGGAGGCGGCGGGGGCGGCGUGCUCAAGUCGUCGCUGUCGGCGGGCCCGUCGCGCCAGCACGCGGCGCAGGCGGCGUCGUCGACGUCUGCGUCGGCGCCGCUGCUGAAGCGCCGGCGCGACGAGGAGGUGGGCAGGGGCGGCUGCCGGCCGCGCGCCAACGGGCUCUGCAGCAUCUGGUACGGCCUCUGGGCCGGCGCUAUACAGGCCUUCCUCGCCGUUCAGGGGGCGCAGCGCAGCGUGCGCGCGGCGUCGGCGCUGGGCUGGUCGGCGGACGUGCAGGCGCAGGUGGCGCUGUGCGCGCUGGCGGCGCUGCUGCUGCCGCUGCUGGUGGCGGCGGCGUGCUGCCGCGUCGGCAACCUGGCCAACGACGGCGCCAAGCUGGGCCGGCACCUGGGCGCGCGCCCCGACCCCGCGCUCGCCGCGACCUCUCCGCGCCUCUGGUCGCACGGCGGGCCCACCGCGCCCUUCCUGCACCUCGCCUCCGCCUUCUGCCUGCUGCUACCGACGCUGCUGCUCGACGCCCGCCUCCUGCACGAGGGGCUCCUGCCCAGGGAGGCAAUAUGGCACACCGACCUCGACUUUGUCGUUGGCAACCGUGAUAGGUUGGUUGUUCUGAGUUUUCUGAGCACAACUCCAGCAACAACGCCGCUAUCUGUAGUGGAAGGUGGUCCGACAGUGGGAUCCGCCUCGGAUGGCAACAGCAGUGCACCAGCAACUGGUGGUGCACUUCCCACUCCGCAACCACUAACUGCCACCAACAUGACCACGAGUGUACCACCUGCUGCGAGGCUCGCUAUCUCUGGAGACCAGCUGCGUGAACCCGCACUGACCAUCGGGCCAGUGUCCGCAGAGUUCGCCAAUUAUGCUGCCGCUUUAGUAGUCUACGCCGUCCGAUACCCAGCUGUCUUCUGGCACACCAACAAGGCAUUUGGAGCACUCUUCUCACUGCAAUUACUUGCUAAUGGAGUGCAGAGCCUGCUCGCCUAUGCUGGUGUCUGCGUUCUCUACAAGGUGCAGGUAGUCGGUGCUGCAGAAGCACUCCCCAUUCUUGGCAGUAAUGAGUCACCAUUCUUGCUCAAUCCAUUGGUCACAUUGGCGCUCUAUGUACUCUCCAGUGUGCUGGUUCUAGCAUCCAGUCUUGUCCUCUAUCUCUACGGUUAUGGCAGGUUCCUCUCAUUUGUGCAUGCGGAGCAAGAACGGCGGGCUGUGCUGGGACGGCGACCUGCAGCACGUGGCUGGGGGUACUUCACACACUGUGCAGCAUUGUGUGCUCUGCUUGCCAUUGCUGUCUGCAAUGCGCCACUCCUGCAUGAUUACACAGCUGUAUAUCGUGGCAGCCUAGAUGGUGCAGUACUCGCAUGUGUAGUAGGUGGCAUUUCACACCUUCUACUCUGGGUGCUGUUGUGGCUCCUACUCACCAUUAAGCGACGCUGGGCUUUUCGCCUCCGGGUCAGUGUGGCUCGUGCCGAGGUGCGAUCGCCUCGGUCUGUGAGACUUGUGGCUGAUGUAAAGCUGUCAUCCCGUGAUGCGGGCCCUGGUGCACCAUUACUUGUAAUAGGCAAUGGCCGCACCUAUGCUAUUACGGAGAGCUCACCAAAGCGUGCCAUCAUGAGUGUUGUGCACCGUGUUGCUGCUGAGCGAAAGCCAAAGGCUGCACAAAGUAUUGAUGAUAUCAAUGAGGAACAAGUGUACUGGUUGCGGCCAAAACCACCUUCACCAAAGACUUCUCCAGAUUCUGACAGAUUAACGUGGUUGAAUCGCAAAUUAAGCACAAAUACAAAACACAAAGUCACAUUUGAUGAUUCACUUUCAACAUCAAAGAAAGGAAAGUGUCUCUUAGCAAAGUCUCCUAAAACUGGGAGCAAAGGCAAGAAGGGCCCACAGAAUGGAUUGGAGCAAGAGUCAGAAGAUGAUGGUGACUAUGCAACACUGCGAGAACUGCCUCGAGCAGAAAAUGAGGAAAACAAGCUGCUGGAUUCAGCCUCUCGCGAAGACAGCUCCAGUACAUACGGGCUUACUAACAAAGAUCUGACUCCUGGUGACUACGAAGAUCCCAGUCCCUUACUAACACCUGAGCCCCAUGGAGAGCCAAGCAGCUCUCACCCAGUAACGGCUCCUGUCACUGUUUCUGUUCACAACAGCUCAGAACCAAACCAGUUACAGAGUAUGGAAACACCACGCUGUUUACGAAGAGCUGAUUCGGGAAUGCCUCAUGAUGAACUGACACCACGGUCGGAUUCUGUCAGUACUGAAAGUUCUGGAGGUUCACCACCAUGUGGAAAUCAUAGUGAAACAUCAAGUGGAGUGCAUUCAAAUUCCAGUUCAGAAAACCAGCCAGGGAGACGUUCAACAAGUGUUGACGAUCUUCCUGCAUCAGAACAGAAUCCUCGAACACAACCUCCUUGGCGCAGUUUUUCGCUCCAGAGGAAUGUACAGCCACCAACAUCAAAUACAGCAGUUCUCAAUCAAACUUCAGGUAGUGCAGGUGCAGUACCACCAUCUUUUGGAUUUUCUGGUGUAGCUGCCAUGCCUUCUACAAAUGCAGUUAUCGCUACUGAUGCAGGAACAGUGGGGGGAUGUCCUGCAGUCCUCCUUGAAAAUGCUGCAGAGAGCACAGUUGUUAUUCGCCGAAAGCAGGUGAGACCAAAGACAAAUGAUGGGACUCAGUCUCCUGUCCUUAAGGAUGAACCUUUUGGUCGUUCAACAAAUAUGAGAAUGACAUCAUUUACAGACAACCCGGAUGGCUCCAGGCCCGAACAAGAGAACUUCCCAUCAUCAUCAUCUACCUUACCUCACUAUCCAACACAACCUAUACCCGUGGCUGCUGUAUACCCUCACUGUUCAACCAUGCCAUUACCAAGUAGUACAUCUGGAUCGAUUGUUCACAACACUACAAAUACAUCAGGUACUGGCAGCUGUCACAUUUUCCCCAGACAACAUACCACAAUACCCACUCACCACAAUGGUGUCCGUCUAUUCAGUGGGCCAAACCCAUUUGUAAAACGUUUUCCACCAUACCACCACCAAGUUUUAAAUGGACGUCCACCACAUAUCGCACCUCCAUUAGGGCCACUGGUAGCGAUACAGGCAAAUUCAAAGACUUGUGGUGUGGAUCCACAAAACAGUGGAAUAGCUGUACAUCACACAUUUCCUCAGAUCACACCAGUUGUUAAGUACAAUCCUCAGCAGCUUCUUCACAAACAGGAUAGGGAUUCAGCUAAUUUUUCAAUGGCAUCCAGUGGAGAUUCUGAUCAGUAUCUGCCUCAUAACUAAAGUUAAUUAGAGCAAUGGUGUAUUUUCAUCUACAGAAUAAAAGGCCAAAGGAAAAGGCUAGUGGUGUGAAUAUGAAAUGACAUUAGCUGCAUUAGUUAAAUUCAAUAUCCACAUUGUCAAAUGGUAAUGUGGAAACAUUGAAAGCAGUAGUGUGUAAUUUUUGUAAUGAAUUUGUAAGAUAUAUUAACAAAGUCCACCAAAACUUGUUUUAGAGUGAGUAUUAUUGCUUAAUUAAAUAUUACUGAAUUGUAUGAAGUAGACAUACUUUACAUUUUUGUAUUGAAGCUGGAAAUACAAUGAACUCCGUUCAAGUGUUUUGUAAGCACGCAUUUGGUGAUUAGCGCUGUGUUAUUGUUGCUGCUGUUGAUCAUUUGAAGACAGUUAAGUAACUGACUGAUCAACAUGACCAUAUCCUUAUAUAUUUACUUAUAUAUUGUGUAAUUUUUAUGACAGAGCAUAUUUUAUCAAAAUCACUUAAAAUUGUCACUUGUGUAGCAUAUUAGCAGUUCUGAAACACAAUUAAAUCCCCUUACAGGCUUCUAUUUUUUUACUCUGUGUCAAGGUUUUUACAAUCUAUUCAAUUAAAUUUGAGGGCCAUAUAAAAAUUUAUGUAGUACAAGGUUCUCCUCCACAUUUGUAACACCAUAAUUUUAUAUGUCAUAUUGGAUACGAGUGCCAUUUUGGAUUCAGUAUUAAAAGUACAGUAGUAAACUUCAUUAGCUCAUUUUUACCUUUAUAAAUUAUACACAUUUAUAAGUGAAUAGUAAGUGAGUUUGAGUGUUGAAACUAAAGUGCACAAGCAAUGUGUAAUUAUUGACUGCAUUACAGUACCUCAGCAGUACUGAAGACAUACUAAUUUUAAGCUUUCUAGAAGUAUAACCAAGUUUUAAAAUGUUAAAAUAUAAAAAUUUUAAUUUAAAUCGUGAUACGGAUAAGUUAUCUCCUGUUGUAACUGUUGCUGUCCUGUGACACAGUUAUGUUGUUGUAUGUUGUUAACUUGUGAUACAUCUUCAAAUAUUAUCUUUCUACAUAUAUUAAGGUCACUUUUCUAUAUCCUAAAUGUUCCUCCUGUGCAUAACAAAAAAGUCUUGAGCAUUAUUUUGUGACAAGACUUGUUUAACAUCAACAUUCGAGUAUGGCCUAUAAUGUAAUCAUUUAAGUUUAUUCUGGAACCACAAUGGACAAAGUCAUCAAAUAUAUGGAAUAUUGUUGUUUUACCCCCCCAGUAUUAUCUAUUCUAUUGUUAUUUAAAAUGGAAAAAUAUAUAUUUAAACUCUCUUUAUCACUCUGAUUAUAAAUAUUGUGUGGGUAUAUGUGCAAACACUGCUUGCAUUUAUAUCUGAAAUUCAUUCCUUUUGACUCACAGUGUACAUUACAUCUGUUACUGCUGCAUCAACUACUGUUACAUGUACCAUACAGAUAAAUUUUAGGUUUUUAUUAGAGCUGUCAUCAGUGUGAACGUGCUUACUGCAAAAGUUUUAAGAACAGUAAAUGUAAAUAUAGGUGCACAGGUUAUGUAUUUUAUUUACGCAGAACAUAUUUGUUUGAUAUUGUUCAGAUCUAAUAUGCUUUCUAAUAAAUUAAUAUAAUAAUAAAGUGAUGAACAAGCUAUGAAUAGGAAGCAGUAACAUUUUUUUUUUUUUUUUUUUGGGGGGGGGGGGAGUUAGCAUUGUAUUUUUGAAUGGGUAAGCAGUUUACAAAACCAGAAGACAGUAUUGCAAAAAUGACAUUCAGCAAAAAUAUAGCACUGUUGUUUGUUUAUAAGUCAAUGUUUUUCAUAAGUAAUCAAGACAGGGAAAAUAUAUAAAAAGAUUCACUUUUGUAAUGAUCAGGUCAUGGCUUUUUAACAAUGUAAAAUAUUUUGGUAUGUUCGUGGCCUAAAUGUAAUUUUUCUUCUAAGUAAUGUAGUCAAUGCAAACAGUGACAAGUUUUAUGAUAUGUCAGACCAAGCCCAUUUUUUUAGCAUCAGCCUGAUUUAAAUUGCCAGAUGAGUAACGACUUGUAAAUAUCCAUUGAUGGGGAAGUAAUAUAAAUUAGAAACCAGUUUUCAAAGCAGUAGUGAUUUGCAGCUCUAAAGAUGGCAGGGAAAUGUUAUCCUACUAGACAUGCUGAACAUGUCUCAUUUUGUUGCAAAUCAUCUUGUCACCCCAUCUCCUUAAUACUACAAAACCAGAGGUUACGUUUCUUUAUAUUUAAAUCUACUAUAUUUUUAUAAAGAAUUAUUGUCUUUAUAUCCUGUCCUCUACAGCCCAUAAUAGUGAUGGGGCAGUGUUUGUGAGUGCUCUCAGAGUUUCUAGGGCCUACAUUUUCUUUCAAUUGAAGGGCACUUCAAGAUUAACUUCAAGAGAAUAAAAGCAUUAGACUUCCUCUUUUAAGCUGAGUCUGUAACUCUGAUGAUAUCAGUAAGCAAAUGUACUACAAAAUGCAAUGAAAAUUACAUUUAAAAAAAUACAGAUUUUCAAGGAAGGCAACUGAUGUGGAAGUGUACCAUCAAAGAUUCAACAAACACUGGAGUUGGGAGAACCAGUAAAGGAGCUUUCACUGUCAUAACAGACUGAUGGUUUUCCUUGUACAAUCAGAAAUAUUCAAUUGCUUCCAAGCUUUAGUUUCUUAGAGGUGGCCUUGCAGCAAUCAAAAAUAAAUGGAGUACAAGUUGAAAAUUUAGUUUGAAGGUCUAGUCAAAAACUGUGAUGUUCUAAUGAAAUAAAAAGUGGUGAAAUAUGUGCUUUAUGAAGAGAGAUACUGCCUACAAGGCAUAACUGAAAGAUACUUAACAUUUACAGAGCAAGAUACCUCUUUAAAAUGAGUUUCACAGUCUUAAAACAAAUAAAUUAUGUGCAAAUAAUUUUUUUUUGUAAUACUGCCAUAUAAGCAUGAAAUGGAAAUAGCUGUGCCUGUUAUUCACUAAAUGUUUUCAAUUUAAAAUAACUAUCAAUAUAGUUUUACUUUAUUUCAAUCAGGAGUUUAUUCUGUGCAGCUCAAUUUUAUGAAGUGUCAUGCUACAUCUUUCAGAAUAUCACUGGUAUCAUUAUUUAUGAACAUAUCUAAAUCUUAAAAAUGUGAGUGUUUUCAUGUCGGAAAGCUAAAUAUUUAAAUAUGUAUUAAAAUGUAAAUAAUAAGUAUUCUAUGUAUGUACAAAUAUAAUAACUGCAUGAUACUGGAGGGAUUUUAAGAAUAUUGACAGCACAUUUACAAAUAUUUAUACUUCAGCAGUAAAAUAGUCCUUCUCUGCUUAUAAUUGAUGUGAUUACAAAAUAAAUAUGCUUUGGAUGAUAUUUACAAUACUCUGUCACAAUUGUAAAUACCACACUUGCAUGUUGCUAAGAUUGGCAGGUUCACUCCAUGUAACUUGGGCUGCAGCUGUCCCUCUGCAGAAAACAGCUUCUGCUUUGAAAAUACAUUUGAAUAAUAUUCUCAGAUGGAGCUUUUGUAUCAUUAACAAGUAAGCAAAUAUUCUGUAAAGUGUAUUAUUAUUUCACUGGCUUACAUUCCAUAAGCGUUCCAUAUCUUUAUUCUUAAUUUAUGAAACUGACGGCAACAAUACAUGCUGUGAUAUGAAUUAGUUGUCAUCAGUUAUGUCAUCUUUGCUAUGCCUCCACGUGCAAACUCCAUCAAUAAAGAGACUUCAAAAUGACAAUACACAAUAACAGAAAGUUUGGCUGACAAAAGUUACCUUUUCAAAACACUAACAUUUUGCCAGCUUGUUUGAUAAAAGUUUUAUAAUCUUCAGUGUUUCAUGUGUAGGCAUUGUAGAAAAUAAAAAUUAUCAGGGUAUCUGUAUCACAUUAUUUUAUAAUGGAUGUAAUUUUUAUUAUUGAUUUAUUCAGAAGAAGAAUGUGAAAGAUAUUUUUUAAUUUCCUUGCUGAUUGGUAGAAAAUGGUGAAUCAACAUUAAACAAUCUGAAGUAAUCAGUUUGAUCAUCUUCAUCCAUUUAGCACUCAUAUUUCCUUUGUGUAAGUAGGAUACAAAAGCCUAUACAUAACUAGCCAUGAAAAUGUUCCUGCAUUCUCUGAUAUUUAUUUGAAGUAAUAGAAAAUUGUCAAAGUUCUAAAACAUGGUGUAGCAAAUGACUAAAUUUUACAUGAUAAUGAUUGCUUUUGUGAGUUAUAAUGAUGAAUUAAGUCACAGACCUCUGUACCAAGAGUAGGAGCCAUAAGAUUGUUGCCUUAUGUUUUAUGAUGCUGCACUUCUGCCAUUUGUAUAUAGAGAUAUAAAAAAAAACUGCCAUGCCCCACAGAGUAUGUGCUUGUAUAAAGUAAGACUGAUUAGGUUGUAUGUGUGUAAGAUACAAUGUUUUGUAAUUUGUUUUGGCAAAAAGUAAUGAAUGACAGUGUAUUUAUAGAUUGAACUAUUGAUGACUGGAGCCAAAUGUAUGAGUCAGCAUCUGUAACAUAUAAUGUAAGCACUCUUCCCACAUGUAUUCAGUUAUAUUCAUGUGUAUUGACCAUUAAUAAAUGUAACAAAUAGAAUAUAA